CCCCGCCGGCCGCCAGCCCGGGGGGGAGCCCGCACGGCUCGGCCGGGGGGGCCGCGGCGUCACUGCCGCUGCCCUGGGGCCGGGGCCGCGUCAGCGCGGGCGGGGAGGGGAAAAUGUCGCUGAGGAAAGCGAACGUCGCCAUCCUCGUGGCGGCCGCCGUGGUGUUCCUGCUCGUCCUGCACCGCAACUUCCUGGGCCUCAGCGACUUCCUCAGGCGGGAGCUGACGGAUUCAAAUCCAUUAGGACUUCAGCCUAUAGACUUCAUACCUGCAGUCCCCCAGAGACUAACAGAUGAAAGGAACGAUAAGGAGAUUUCUGUGGUCAUUGCAGCAUCAGAUGAGAGGCUUGGGGGUGCGAUUGCAGCCAUGAACAGUAUUUACCAUAACACCAAAUCCAAUGUGGUUUUCUAUAUUGUUACAUUGAACGAUACUGUGGACCACUUGAGGCUGUGGCUAAGUAACACUGCUCUGAAAAAUUUGAGAUACCGAAUUUUGGAUUUUGACCCUCGUGUCUUAGAAGGGAAAGUACAAGUGGAUCCUCAGAAGGCAGACCCCCUAAAACCAUUAACCUUUGCAAGAUUCUACUUGCCCAGUUUGGUACCUCAUGCAGAGAAGGCCAUCUAUGUGGACGACGAUGUAGUAGUGCAAGAUGAUAUCCUUGAACUUUACAACACUCCAUUGAAACCUGGACAUGCAGCUGCCUUUUCAGAUGAUUGUGACUCAACCACUAACAAAGUUGCUGUCCGUGGAGCAGGGAAUCAGUAUAAUUACAUUGGGUUUCUAGAUUACAAAAAAGAAACCAUCCGAAAGCUUGCCAUGAAAGCCAACACUUGCUCUUUCAAUCCAGGAGUUUUUGUUGCCAAUUUGACAGAAUGGAAGUUACAGAACAUCACUAAACAAUUGGAGAAGUGGAUGACGCUUAAUGUAGCAGAGGAACUUUACAGCAGAACUCUGGCUGGCAGCAUCACGACACCUCCACUGCUAAUUGUAUUUUAUAAGCAACAUUCCAGUAUUGAUCCCAUGUGGAAUGUCCGACAUCUUGGGUCUAGCGCUGGAAAAAGGUAUUCUCCUCAGUUUGUGAAAGCUGCCAAGCUGCUCCAUUGGAAUGGACAUUUCAAACCAUGGGGAAGAACAGCUUCAUAUGCUGAAGUGUGGGAGAAGUGGUAUGUCCCUGAUCCUACAGGCAAGUUCAGCCUGAUCCGGAGACAUUCGGAAGCCUAUGAAGCAAAGUAAAGAAAACUUUAAUAACGGAUGGCAUUUUCUCAGGAAACUUCUGGAGCCAAGCAGAUUUUAUUUUUUUUUUUAAAGUCAACUUUGUAUUAUAGAGCAGUCCUUGCCUUCUGGAGCACAGGGAGAUGCACUUACUCAUGUGGUGUUCCAAAGGAGACUCACUUGACGCUACUCCAGCAGAAGGCAAAACUAGCACUUCUGUUAGGUCAUUUGUGUGUUGUACAUUCUUCUGCUCUUUACUACAAGUCUUCUGGGGGGAUCAUUGUGUCAGCUAUGUAAACAAACAGUUCCAGAAACAAGAUAGAACUUCAUCUGGAGCUUGCACCAUUCAAGUAUUGCACAGGAACAUACUGUAAUUAAGAGCAGCUUGGUAUUUGUUCUGUCUUGUUGUUGUUAUCCUGUGAAAUAGUUUCAUCAGCAGUCCUUUCUUGCAUGAAAACUGCUCCCAGCCAUUUCUGCAUAAGCCUGUCUUGCACAAUUCUGGAAAAUUGAAUCUCGAUUUUUGAAAGAUGAAUAAUUUCAAGUAUUAUUUCACUAUGCAAAGUGGUUUUAACUGCCAGUAAACACUAAGAUAUUCUCUGUAAAGUGGUGGAGAAAAUGUUCAAAAAUAAAAGCUACUGUUAACGUGA